AUGGCCGAUCAUACUCCCUCCAAGUACAUCACCCUUGUCUCAGCUGAUGAGUUCGAGUUUGUUGUUCUACGCGAGGCAGCCAUGAUCAGCCCCAUGAUCAAGAGCAUGUUGGAGAUCCGGGGUUCCGGCACCCUCCUUGAGGCACAGACAGGCCGCUGCACCUUUCCAGAGAUCAGUGGUCAAGUCCUCGAGAAGGUCGUCGAGUACUUCCACUACUGGUACAAGAAUCGCGACAGAGAGGACGUUCCUGACAUGGACAUUCCCGUCGAGCUCUGCCUUGAGCUUCUCAUGGCUGCAGACUACCUGCAGCUCGACAGUAAGAACAACACCUAG